AUGGUAUCCAGCGAGCUGUAUCUGGCAGAGGAAGACGAAUACUUGGCGAAUAAUAUGAAGGAGAUGAUUGGAGGCUGCUGCGUUUGCUCAGAUGAGAGAGGCUGGGCCGAAAAUCCUUUGGUUUACUGUGACGGACAUGGUUGCAAUGUCGCUGUACAUCAAGCCUGUUAUGGAAUUGUGCAAGUUCCCACUGGACCCUGGUUCUGCAGAAAAUGUGAAUCUCAGGAGAGAGCGGCCAGGGUGAGGUGUGAGCUGUGUCCCCACAAAGAUGGAGCCCUGAAGAGAACAGACAAUGGAGGUUGGGCUCAUGUGGUUUGUGCGCUCUACAUCCCUGAAGUGGAGUUUGCCAAUGUCUCCACCAUGGAGCCUAUCGUGCUUCAGUCUGUACCCCACGAGAGGUACAAUAAGACCUGCUACAUCUGUGAGGAGCAAGGCAGAGAGAGCAAAGCAGCAACAGGAGCAUGCAUGACCUGCAACAAGCAUGGAUGUAGACAGGCCUUCCAUGUUACAUGUGCUCAGUUUGCUGGGCUGCUCUGUGAGGAACAAGGAUCAGACGCAGAUAAUGUGAAGUACUGUGGCUACUGCAAGUACCAUUACAGCAAACUGAGAAGGAGCAAAGGCCGUGGUAGUAGGGCUCAAAGCUUAAGUGAUUCUUCUUCUCACUCUAUGGAUAAACACCAUGACAAGGAAAAGAAGAAACAUAAAGAAAGGGACCGACACAAACCAAAGCACAAAAAGUCUUUGGAUCUCUCCCCCUCCCUUGUUCCAGCCCUGAUGGUUACCUCAGAGAAGAGCUACAACAGCAGCAGUGGGGGGAGCGUCUCCUCCAUAAGCUCCUCGCAGAAGAGGAUGGAUGACGGCGGUGGCCGUUUCACCAACGCCAACUUCCAGGAGGUGCCAAGCCACUCAGGAGGCAGUUCAAAGGACAGCUCCACGUCUGACAGCAAGGGGUCGGAGGGCAAGAGCAAAAAGUCGAGCAGUCACAGCUCCAGCUCCAGCUCCAGCUCGAGGGGGCGCAAGUCAACGCCCGGGAAACCCCACGGCCCGGUGGUCACCACGGCGACUUCCUCCACUGCCCCUUCUUCCACCAGUCCCUUUCAACAAAGCCUUCUGCUGGGAGGUAGCAACAGUAGCAAGACGUCCUCCAGCAGCUCUGUUGUCCAGCCUACGUCAGACUUCCACACCUUCUCUGAGUCAAGCCUGCGGGGCGGAGACUCCUACACUCCUUCGUCUUUUGGUCGCUGCCUGGUCAAAUCUGGAGGGGAGGGCGUGGCGUCGGAAGGCAUGGUGUCCCUCAAUACCUUUGGAUCUUUGAUGUCGUUACCCCAAAGUUCUUCCACGAUGGCCGGCAAACAUUACGAGAACUCCCACCCCACGGGAGAGCUGGGCAGCCUGACCUCGGCAGGGUACAAGAGGCCGCAGCCUUCCUCGUCCUCCUCGUCAGCGACGUCUUCCUCGUCCACCGGCGAAGACGGCGUGAAGGGGAAGAAGAGGCGGGGUAACUGGAGGAACCGGUACGGACCCUGCUUCACCACUCAGGAGAGCAAGACCCCGGAAGGGGCCGACCACGGUUCGGCCCUGCCAUCUUCCACCUCUCCCUCACCUUCAUCCAUGAGUUCCAUGACCUGCAGGGGGAAUGCGGUCAGCAGCAGCAGCAGUGGAGGUGGAGGAGGUGGUGGUGGUGGAAGCAAUAUGGGGAUCCAGAAGUCCCCUUCUCUCCUCAGGAAUGGAAGCUUACAGGCUCUGACUGUUGCCUCCCCGUCUACUGGACCAGGGCCUUAUUCUAGCAGCGAUGUAGCAGGUUCGUUGCCAAGUACAGUGCUGGGCAGCGGCCUAUCGGUGUCUGGCUCAGAGUUAGUGCCCCAGCAGUCUGGUGUCACGUCUCUGCCUGGCCUCACCUCACUGGCUCCUCCAGCUCCCUUCACUGCCACCGCUCCCUUCACCAGGCCUAGAUCGAACUCAUUACCCGGACUCAAUCUGGCUCCGUCCCAUAUGUUUGGAAACCGUCUGAAUCCCAACUCGGCCAUGGCGGCACUGAUGGCUCAGUCUGAGAACUCGCCCGCAGAUCAGGAACUUGGAGACAGCGCUCUCGGCUUCCCCAGAAGAGGAGCCUCACCAAAGGCAAACCUCUCACCCCGCUCCCCGCUAAGCGGCCUGCACAUCCGGUACGACCCGUCUGGGCCUCUGGUGCCGGGGCUGGGCUCCGGCUCUGAGACACUGCCCCCAGUGGCCACCAGUAUAGAGCAACUACUGGAAAGACAGUGGAACGAAGGUCAGCAGUUCCUGCUGCAGCAGGGCGCACAGGGUGAUGUGCUGGGCAUGCUGAAGUCUCUGCAUCAGCUGCAGGUAGAGAACCGGCGGCUGGAGGAGCAGAUCAGGACUCUGACCAUGAAGAAGGAACGGCUGCAGCUGCUGAGUGCCCAGCUCUCAGUGCCUUUCACCCCUACCAGCACUGCAGCUACCACUGCCUCCUCACCUCUCUACCCUACCAACACACACACAGACAUGCUGAACAGCAAGAGCAUUCAGCUAGGCAGCAGUGUUUUAACAGAGUCCUCUCAACCCUUGCCCACUCAGGAUCCUCUUUCUGGUGGCCAUAGCAGUGGCAGCAGCACCUCCUCCCUCUCUACCCCUCCCUCUGUGGCACACAGCCCCCCCCAGCAGCAGGUCAACGGCGUCGGAGUGCCAGGGGUCAACGUGCAGCCUGGCGCUGCCGCCGCCGCCUCCUUGCCCGCCAUGGCCGGAGUCACGGGCCUUAUGGGAACUCUGCAGGGUAACCACCUGGCCAUGAGUGGCAUCGUGGGUGCCCUGAACGGAGUCAUUCAGACGUCCCCAAGCCUGGCGCAAAACGCCAGCCCCCUGCCCCACCCUUCCGUGGUGACCAGUGUGUCUCUGCCCAUGUCCAACAGUCUCAAUAACAGCAGUGCGUCCACUACAAAAACCAGUGUUGCACGGUUUGGUCUGCUCUCAGAACAGCAGAGGCAGAUCCUCCUGCACCAUCACCAACUUCAGCAGCUCUUCAACUCCCCGCAGCCCAUAUCGGAGCAGCAGCAGGUCCUACUGUAUCAGCUGAUGCAGCAGCAGCAGCAGCAGCAACAGCAUGAUCUUCAGCAGCUCCAGCAGCUCUCCUCCUCACAGCUGCCAAUCAACAGCCUCCUGCCCUCCGCACAGGGCGCCAUCGCCGCCAACCCAUUCCUGGCCAUGCACCCCGACGCCGGGGCACAGAAGACUGGGAGACUGGGGGAGAAGACCGUGACUGUGGCGGGCCAGGAGAAGACCUGACCCGUCUUAGACCUCGAGGUUUCUGCCAGAUGGACAGCACUUCAGCACCCUUGCUCAGGGUCCAACCGUUACAGGGGCCAGAUGAUUAUAAACUCCUGCAGCACACACUUCCAUCACCACGAGGCUUUAAGGGACACACGCACGCACGCACGCACGCACAAACCCCCGAUUGAAUACAUGACUUCAAAACGAGAUCUACGUUGCACUGAAUUGGACUGAAUCACUUGCUGUAAACCACAGGAUCUCGGGAGGGAGGGGCCAUCGGAGAGGCAAACGUA